AUGAAAAAACAUUAUCAUUAAACAUUUUUGGAAUAAAUCAUUUAUUUAUAAAAUUCAGAUACUUAACAAAAUAUGGAAUAUAAAGAGAUUAAUAUGAUUAAAAUUAAUUACCCUUAUUUUUAUCAAUCUCUCAAUACAUAAUAAAUUAAGUCUGAAUUUUGA